AUGGAUUAUCAGCAGAAGCUAUCACUGCCAUUCAACAAGUGGUCUGAUUCAAAGGUUAGCAGAAAGUAUAUUGACGAUGAUGUUGCCUUCCAUGUUCUUUCGAAACUCCCCGUUAAAUCAUUGAAGCGUUUUGGUUGCGUACGCAAAUCAUGGUCCAUUUUAUUUGAAAAUUCUCAUUUCAUCAAUAUGUUCCGCAACCAUUUCAUAUCUCAUAGCAAUUCCGAGGAUCAUCGUACAUAUCUCCUCAUAUUUAAACGUGAUUGUGCUAAUCGUUACCAUCCUGAAUUGCAUUUGCUCGAUAGUAGAAUCAAAUUAAUUUUGCCACCUCCAUUUCAAGAGGAUGUUUUUUGUAUCGGGACAAAGAAUGUAAAGGGAGGUUCUAAUAAGGUCAAAUAUGUAUUGUGGAACCCAGCUAUCGAAGAAUUCGUUGUCAUUCCUCCUAGCCCCGAUGAGCUUGUACCAAAACACCCUCGCCUUGGCGUGUUUCAUGACUUUCAUGGGUUUGGUUAUGACCAAGUAAGAGAUGACUUUAAGGUGAUUCAAUAUGUAACAUUUGAUAGCUGUAAUGACUAUGAUCCUGAUUCUCCUCCACCACAAGGUAUAAUGUAUUUCUCCUUUUUUGAGAUAUAUAGUCUAAGAAAUAAUUCUUGGAAGAUACUCCACAUGGAUGAUAUGGCUCAAUGGUGUGUUGGUAACCCAUUUAAUGGGGAGGAAUUGUACAUGAAUGGUGCAUCUUAUUGGUUGGUUAAGGAGAAGAUUAUUGUUGUUAUACCGGACUUUACAAGGAAAGCCUUCUUUCGAUUGGAGGAUCAAGUAACUAGUUUUUUUUUCUCUUUUUAUUUUCACCCGGAGGUAUAUUGCUAUGGUUAUUAG